AUGUACGGGCCUGCAGUCAAAAAGGGGCAUGCGUAUCAGUAUGAGAGUUCCUUUGUCCAUGCUAGCGGACCAAGCCACCCGCAUUCAUCAAAGAGCGCUUUGUUCUGUGUCACAGUAAGCGGCAUGUUGAAAAUGUUCUGGUCUCAGAAUAACAAUCGAAUGGAAGAGACCACGAUGGAGCUUGAGAGCGUGAAUUCGUUGGAUGAGUUGGUUACGCAUGCGGCCCUUGCUUCCGACAGGAGACAUCUGCUUGUCGCCGUUGCCACUUCAUCAAAGCAGCUGAGAUUGCUCAAGAUUGAAAUCCAAUGGGGCGGCCCUGGAUCGCAGCCGGAUAAGAAUCCUCUGCCACAGAAUGCUCGAUUGAGCCCUUCUUUAGUCGAAAAGCAUCUCGCUGCUACAACGUGGCUGCAGACGGGCUCUAGAGAUGCCAACAAUGACAUCUCCAUGGCCGAGCUAUCCCACUUGCACGUUCUCCCUUCCAUCAUGGACAACACAGGCAAGAGCAUAGUCCCUCCGACGAUUGUAGCCAUUAGGACGCGUUCACCUACACCUGGAUCUUACCAGGUAGCCCAGACAGUCAUUGACCGCUGGGAGGCAGUCUCUUCGCCGCAGCAGAACCUUCACCAGGCUUUUGAGCAGCUGGGAAGUCGAAGAAAUAGUGACGCGACAGAACAGACGGCUCCCACUAGGCUGCGAAAGCUAGAGCCGAUUAUUCUCAACAAGAUGGUCAUUAGUUUCCAGUCGACCCAGUUCGGAAAAGUCCUGAUACUAACCAUGACCGACGGCACCGUCGAAUACCGAGAUCGAUACACUUUUGAAGAAAUAUAUACGACCGAGGAUUCUGAUAAAGUGAUGAAUCUGCGCCAAGUUGGCUGGGCGUUUAGUGGAGAGGGCCCAUGCCAACAGGUCGCGUUUUCUCCAACCCAGUGUUCCAUGAUCCAGAUGUCAGAAGAUGGAAAGAUCAAGUGGUGCAAGCUACAAUACCCUCUCGGAGAUAUUGGCAACUCUCAUCAAGAUGCCCAUUAUGCGUCUUCAGUAGCGGGUCUGGCGGUGGCAACCUCAUCUGCCAUAUGGUAUCAGGCCAAUUACGAUGAUAUGCUUGCCAUUGUCGCACCCUAUACGUCGAAGAGGCGAUUUAUUCAAGACUGGAUCAACGAGAUGAUUAAAGUCUUGAAGAUUCAAGUCGACUACUCCGAGGAGAUGCACCAUGACUCGCUUAUGAGGAAUCUUCCGCUUCAAGGCGUCUUGAGUAUUAUGAAUAGCUUGGGCUUCAAGGGGGAAAUGCAUGCCAGGUCGUUCCAGGGCAAGUUUGCCAUGGUUUAUCUCAAUGCACGUAAUGUGGUUGUCCUCAUCACUCUCGCAAGCAACACGCCAGCGACGGCGCGAGAGAGGAUAAGUCCUCUCGAUGAACCCGAGGUUGUGGAGGCAUUAGCUGGUUGCGCCAAGUGGUCUUUGGAUUUACUCUCGUGGCUAGUUGACUGCUUAUUCGCGUUGAUGAAUGACAGCGAGUUCAUGGCGAGGUUGGAGCCUAAGCGGAUAGCAGAGCUGACGCCAUAUCUCUACAAACGAAACGACAUAUCAUUGCAUCUCUUACUCUCGUCAUCUAGCAGAAGCUUUCUCUUGGCAAUAUGCCGCAGAAUUGCUCAUCUGGAAACGCUGAGUACAAAAGCCAACGAAUUCUACCGCAGACAGCCACAGAUGGGUGUGGACCAAACAGGUGCCCCCAAGCCGUUAAACCCCCAGCUUCAGCAAGCGUACCAGAGAAUGCAGCAGAUUACAUCGACUUGUCUUAUCAAAGCCAGCGAGUUUGAAAAGCUGCUCAAUAUACUCGGCGCAGACAUUCGCCAAGCGUACCAGACGUUUCUUCCGACUCUGGUGAAGAACCAAGCGGGAAUGGGUCAGGGGAAACAGAUUGACAUGGCUGUAAAGGCUGCACAAAUUCAGCUCGAGCUGGGUAUGCUCUUGGCGGUAUCACCACCGGCGGCGCCCUUUAUACCAGUCAUCAAGAAGCUCUUUACAAAGGAUUUGCCGGCCUUUAAAGCCCUCACCGACCCCGCGAAGCUCUUCUUUGCAAACUAUGACCUUCUCGGUGUGCAGGACGACAAAUCCCAGCUGCCGAAAGACGUUUACGUCGAUUUGUUCAGAAAGGCGGAGAUUAAGCUUGGCGCUCAGCAGUGGAGGAGGUGUACUCGGUGCGCCUCCGUGAUGGAAGACGUGUUUGUAUCACGCCCUGGGUAUACUUUUGUUCUGGGACAGCAGCGUAGAUGCGCUUGUGGCGGCAUCUGGGCACUGUUACCCAAGGGGAAGCUAUUUCUAUAA